AAAUGAUCCUUAAGCAGGAUUUAAGUCUGACCAUUAGGAUUAUCUUAGUACUCGCCAUACUAUGAUGUGCCAGUGGGCUUACACAAAACGGAAGUGAUAUUGAGAUAUUCUCUCAAACAAUCAAAGAAAUGAAACCUGGAGAUAUGAUGCCGUUCCGAGUUUCAUUUGGGCUUCUAAAAGAAAACCUGACUCAGCCAGAAUUUAUCUCAACCCAUUUUGUAAUAGUUGAACUCUACACAGAAGUUAUCGAAUGAAAUGAUGAAGUUGAAGAUUGAGACGACCCUUUGGAUUUGAAAGGAAUUUUUGAGAAAGAUUCAAGUGGGAAUAUUGAAAAUACUACUUCAAGUCUCCCAAGGACAGUAUCAGAUGGACAAGCUUAUUAUUAUUUGUUAUUCGAUUUGUGAUAUGUUGACUCAACAUCAAAGCUUCAGAUUUCAAUAAUGAAACAAUCUGGAAAACACAAAGUCAAUGUCCAAGUUCAUAUCGAUGAAAUCAAAGAUUUUAAUGUAAAUUGUGUGGGUAGAAGUUCAGAUAUUUUUGAAGCAAGGAAAUACCAUGGAGCCUGUGAAGGUUUUAAUAACAGAAUUUGGACUUUCGGGGGUAUUGGAGAUAUUAAAAACGGGACAAAUUUAAUAAACAGUCUUGCAUAUUAUGAUGAUAAUUCGAAUCAAUGGGUAAAUGUAGAGCCUCAAUCAAAAAUAUCUCCUGAACCAAGAUAUGGAAUGCGGUUAUUCUGAUACUUCAAUUACCUCAUCAUGUUCGGAGGACAAGGAGAUAAUGAUGCUUUCUAUGCAGACCUUUGGAUCUUCGACAUUAUCAGAUCAUACUGGCAUAAAGUCUCAGAUUCAUUAACAGAGCAUGAUCUUGAUGAUAACCAGCAAGAUAAAGCGCCUGACAGUAGAGCAUUCUUUGGAGGAGAACUCCUCCGAAGAUAUGGUUCAGCACUCAUCUUUGGUGGUAUUGGAGAAGAAGAGAACACUUUUUGUGAUAUCUGGAGCCUUGACAUUGAGAAUGCCUUACUCGUCGUAGAAGAUCCAAUUAAGAAAGAGAAUUUAAAAAUUUGGAAUAAAAUCACCCCUUCCAGGAAAGAUAAGGUACAACUAUGUAGAUACGGGCAUGACAGCUUGCUUCUGGAUGAUUUUAACAUCCUUAUUUUCGGAGGAGCAACUAACUCCAAGACUUCAUCAGCAAUUUUGUACAAGAUCAGCCAGAACAAGUUCAGUAUUCUCAGGACUCAACAAACUGAAAUUCCUUCGAAUAGAUUUUUCCAUGCAAUGAUUGGAAGUGGAAAUGGAGUGGUCUUAAUGUAUGGAGGAAAAGAGAACGAUAACAUUCUAUCAGAAUAUUGGAUGCUCAAAGUUGAUAUUGGACAAGAAACUAUAAAAUACAUUGCUUUCAAACCCAAAUCGAGUUACUAUAGCCUCAUUUUUGCAUGGAGAGAAGGAUUUUCAUUUCACCAUUCUGUACGUCUAAAGCAUCCGAUUAUUAUUGGAGGAGGGUUUGGAAAUAAUCAGGAAGGAAAUGCAUUACUUUCUCUCCCAACAAUAACAUGUGCUGAUAAAGAAAAGUUUGAAGAAGGAGGCUGAACUCCAUGCCCUCCCAACUCCUAUUACAACAUUAAGAAGAAAGAGUGUGACUGGUGUACUAGAGAGCAAUUCUUUUAUGAAGACAAGUUAGAUUAUUUUAAUUCGAAAUGUAAAUUCUGUCCUCCAGGAACGAUUGGAAGUUCAUCAGGAUUAUGUACAUCUUGUCUUCCAGGAUCUUUGUAUGACCCUGAAGUAAAAGGGAGUUGCAAGGUUUGCGAUAUGGAGAAUAUUUGUCCCUUUGGAACAAAACAUGAGUUUAGUAAAAAUAUACUUUCGGACAACUUAUACUCUAUUCAGUAUGCUAAUUCUCCUCAAAUGUUUAAAGGGUAUAUUUCUCCAUUCGAUAAUACAGCAAUGUGGGUGUUGUUCAUGAUUGUUAUCAGUUUACUUUCUAUCUUUCCUCUACUCUUUUGACUAACUGUCUGAAAACCAACUCGGAGGUAUGCCAUCAAAAUUAUGAAAGAGGUUGAUUUAAACCCUAUCACAGGAGGAGAAAAGCGACUUGUUGUAGGAGGAGUCAUUUCAAUUGUCUAUGCUAUUAUCCUCAUAUGAUGAAGUGCAGGAAUAAUUGCUAAGUAUUUCUUAUUCAACGAAAGAGUCGAGGCUACCGAAUUAGCAAAUAUAGCAAACCAGAAUAAUCUUCCUGAGUCAUACUCAAUAAAUCUAACUAUUUAUUCUUCUUUUAUCUAUGAAGACAUCAAUCCUUUGCUAAAGAGGCAAGACUCUAUAGGACCUUUUGAUCUAUGUGAUCCCUCUGUGUUUAAAAUUGGUUAUUCUUCCUAUUUCAACCAGGCCUUUCAUAAGAAUAUAUCAUGCACAAGGAAGAGGCUUUCUUCUUACACAGAUAGAAUCAACAUCAUAUUGUUGUUGGAUGAGAUUAGCUUAUCAGAUCCUUCAGAUGCCUAUAUUCUAUUUAAGUUUAAAUCUGAAGGCAACAGAAUCAUUCAUUUUUUUGAAUGGCAGUUUCAAUCAAUUUGGAGUUCAACAAUUGAGGCCCAGAUCAAGCAUCAUUCUAGUGUGAAAGGAAUGAUGAUUCCUCAAACUGUUUAUGAUGAUAACUUGAACAUCACUACUGCGUUUCGAGGGCCGGAUCCAACAGUCUUCUAUAUGCAGCUGAUUCCAACUUUCUAUAGUGACGAGAUCAAUUCCAGAAACUUGGAAGGAUAUAGAGUUCUUCAUAAAUAUUAUGAGAAAGGAUCCACUAUCAACGAACGAACUUACACUAACAUGUAUACGACUGAUGGAAGAUUAAGUGAAAACUUUAGCAUUAAAUUUGAGACGUCUGUGUCUCCGAAUGUGAAUAAUGUCAGAGUCACCAGGCUUAAAUCUAUCAUUGAUGUCGCUACUCAAAUACUUGGACUUCUAGCAGGUCUAGCUUUCAUUUGAAGGUUCAUUAAGUUUAUCCUCAUGAAAUGAAAUGUCUGGGUUCAUCUUGAUAGAGAGUACAACAUUUAUUAUAAAGAAGAUAAACGAAAAAGUGUUGCAUUGAAUCACCCAAGUGAUAGGAAACAAAUUGAGCAGAAAAGCGAUUUUUGGGAAAACUCUUUUCCAUACUCAAACAAAGACAUCCCCAAGGAAGAUAAUGGAGAAACAAUCGUCACUCCUCAAGCUCAAGAUGGCUUUGGAGCUAUGAUGAGAAAUCAAACUAGUCAAAUGGACCAAAAGACUAAUAAGAUAGAUGAUUUAUACACUGAUAACAGGAUGGUAAAAUAUCAGGUAUUCCAAGAUGAUGAAAAUCAAGAGGACUUUAAAAGAGAAUAAAUUCAAUGCUGAAA